AAAAACAUAAACCAAAAUAAUACCAUGAAGGCUCUCGCUAACCUUCUCCUUCUAGCGUGCCUGGCGCUGUACAUCGUUUUCAUGGCGGUGAGGCAGCCGGAGUAUUUCCAAGGCACGGAGUACGAGAUUCACGUGACCAACGGGUUCAGGACCAACUCUUCAACUCCGCUGGUGAUAUGGUGUUCGUCGGAGGAGGAUGAUCUUGGGGGGCGAGCACUGCAGGAGGGGGAAGAGUUCAGCUGGGAACUCCGGAUCGACUUCUGGGGAACCGUCCAGUUCUCAUGCACAGUCAAAUGGGAUCGCCGGAGGAAGAGGUUCGAGGCGUUUCGGGUUCACCGGGACGGCCACCGGUGUUUCGAUCUCAAGAAAUGCUUUUGGCUGGUGACGGAGGAUGGGAUUUACUUCAGCAGCAAUGAGGUGAGUUGGAAGAAGGAUUUCUCAUGGUCGUAGAGUAACUGGAUUUUGGAGCAUUCCCUGUUAUUUCGGUCCCUGUGGUAAAAGGAAAUCAGUUCCCCAAGUUCAC